CUUCUAAGAUGAUAUCGCACAUCCGAUCUUACAGGAUUUGCCAGAUAUGGUUGCUGUCAAGGAUGCAGAUUUUUCUAACGUGGAUGCUGUAUUCUGUUGUUUGCCUCAUGGAACUACUCAGGAAAUUAUCAAAGGCCUUCCAAACAACUUAAGGAUUGUUGAUCUUUCAGCGGACUUCCGGUUGCGAGAUGUUGGUGAAUACGAGGAAUGGUAUGGUCAGCCCCACAAAGCACAAGACUUGCAGAAAGAAGCAGUGUAUGGUCUGACUGAGAUAUCUAGAAGAGAGAUAAAAAAUGCGCGUCUAGUGGCAAAUCCUGGCUGUUAUCCGACUUCUAUUCAGCUUCCUCUUAUUCCCUUGAUAAAGGCAUGUCUGUUUCUUUACUUUUUCGUUUAUAUAGUUUCAUUUAGGAAUGUAUUGUAAUAAGUGUCCUUUUA